UUCCUCAACAACAAAAAAAAGAAAGAAAAAGAAAAGUAGACUCCAGACUUGAGCAGGGCCAGAGACUAGAGACCAGCCUCAGAGAUGCCCCUUCAUCCCAUGCUGCCCAAACAAGAAACACCUGGGCAACCGGCAAUGGCUGGCUCCCAGUGCCCCUUAACCCUGCAGCCGGAAGGUUUAAGGCCCUGGGCUCUCCUCCCCUCUCCACGCCUCCCUCCCCUGGGCUUUUGACCCCUCCCGGCCCCUCCCCUUGCCUCCACUGACACCUUUGCCCCGGUGACGGUGACGUUGGUCCCGCCGGUACAGACCUGGCCCACAGACCUGGCCGGAGGCUGGGACUGGAUGCCGGCGGCCAUGUUCUCCCUGCCGUCCCUCUCCUCCUGGCUCCCCGGCCUCCCCUCCCUGGAGUGGGGCUCCAGCCUCCUCGACUCCCUCCUGCAAGGCCUCAUCGGGGCCUGCGGAGUCUCAGUCCUCAACAGCCUCCUGAAGGUCUACUUCUUCGUGGGCUGCGCCAACAACCCGGAGCGGCAGCCCGAAAAGGAGCGGCUGCGGGCCCAGUGGGCCUCGCUGGAGACCCUGCACCUGGCAGGGCUGGCCCUGGUCCUGACCAUCGUGGGCACCCGGGUGGCUGCCCUGGUGGUGCUUGAGUUCUCCCUCCGGGCUGUCUCCACGCUGCUCUCCCUGGACAAGGGCUCCCAGGUCCCUGAGAGGCUGCAGCUGUACCUGCUGUGUCAGUACUCGCUGGGCUGCGGCCUGACCUGCGGCCUGAGCUUCCUGCAGGAGGGCGCCCCUCACCGCACUCUGAACCUGCUGCUGGGCCUCGGGCUGGCCGCCCUGCUCUGCACGGGCGCCCGGCGCCUCCACAGCCACACCUGCCGCCUCUACGAGCUGCACAGCAGCCAGCACUACUGUGGGGUCUGCCUGGGACUGCUGGCCGGUGCUCACGGCCUCCCCCGGCUGCUGGGCCGAGCCCUGGCCAUGGCCUUUGUUGUGGGCAAUCUGGCGGCCGUGGCCCUCAUCAACAGGGACUUCCUGACCACCUCGGAGGCCGUGCGCUUCUGGACACCACUCACCAUCUGCUACACCCUGCUGGUCAUCUACAUGCAGGAGGAGCAGCGGCAGCGCCCCGGCCUGCAGGGCCAGGUCCAGACGGUGCUGGUGCGCAUGGGUGGCCUCUUCGUGCUGCUGCUGACUGUGGGCCGCUGGCUGGACCUCCUGGGCAUCCUCGUCUCCCUGCUGGGCGAGCUCUGGUGCCUGGUGGCCGUCCGCAACCUGCUUGACAUUUGCCAGAUACAGGAUUUUCCAUCCCAGAGGCCUUCGGGGUCAGCUCCAAGCCAGCCCCAGCUCUCAGCACCUGCCCAGCCCCCGGGGACAGCCCCCUCCUGACCCACCUCAGCAAGGACCUGGAGUCUGUCUCAGGCCCACCAGGCUCACCUGUAGGCCUUGACCCCGGCACGCUGCCUGGAGGCCGAACGGCAGGGCUGGCCCUCACCCGGAGCUCAGGGUGGGCACUGGAGCCCCCCCAGAGGGAGGGCAGGGCUUAGGGCUGGGGUCCUCAGAGAGUGGGGGCACCUGGAGGCCACUGGGUGAACCCCUCUUUUUCUCAGGGUGGGUGAUGGACUCAGCCCCUCAGACCUGCCUUCCCAGGGGGGUGGGGGAUGGGGAGAACAGCAUUCCCAGAAGGGCCCCCCUUUACCGGCCCCCCUUUACCGGCCUCCCUUGCCCUCUCCAUGGACAAUAAAGAUGAUUUUCUCAA